AUGCCAUCGUCGCAAGCAGAGCGGAUCGAGCUCCUUGAGUCUAAACUGGCUGAAGCUGCUAGUCCAUCAUCCGAUAUGUACAAUGCGACCGAGUUCACGGGGAGAUCAUCCCCUACCUUGCCAUGGAGCGAAAAUAGAGGCGACACUGCGUCUCUGGUCAGCCUUGGGGAUUCUCAAUCGACAUAUCUAGGGCCCUCAUCUGGCAGGAUUAUUGCCAACAGCCUGGGGCGCAUAGUACAAGACGCAAGUUUGACGAGUUCCAUACCCGUCGAGGCAGCUCAUCCACUCAAAAAGCCAUCUAGUGGUGCCGAUGAAGUCAGGGCAACACUUCCAGACGAUGAAUUAGGCUCUCGCAUUCUGGAUGCAUAUUUUCAGAACACGCAUGUGCGUUUGCCUUUCCUUGAUCGUUCCAAAAUUUUCGAGCGCCAUGCUACUCGCAAUCUACACCGUACCACAAGCUCCGAAAGCGAGUAUGAUUGUUUUAGGCUAUUCAUGGUCUAUGCCAUCGGAGCUGCCAAUCUGCAAAUGACCGGAUCAUAUACCGGGACUCAGCCGACUGCGUUCUUCGAAACAGCACUGCGAUUUGAUUCUUCAGUUCGUAAAUCUCUGACUUUAGCCGGUGCAGAGGCAAUGGCGCUCCUUGUUCUUUACAACCUACGGUCGUCAAAUACGUCUAAAGUUUGGUAUAUGAUGGGCCUAGCUAUGCGGAUAUGUAUCGACUACGGCCUUCAUCGUGAGGCUCAUUACCGGCAACAACGACCCUUCGAAGCCCAGAUACAUCGUCGGCUUUUCUGGAGCAUUUACAUACUGGAAAGAUAUUCUUCAUGGUCUUUGGGGAGGCCAUUUAGCAUCGCAGAAGAGGAAAUUGACGCCGAUUUACCAGCCGACCUGGACGACUCCAUUACCGAUGAUAAUGUGAUUGAACUUCUUCUUCUGAACUCGACUGACUCAUCUCACCAAGCACCUGGUCCAAAUCUAAGACGCUUCAUCUCAUGCGUCAGACUUCAGCGAAUCAUGUCUCGCAUCCAUCUUCGAGUUUAUCGAGUAGACAUGGCUCCCAGUACACUGGUGCCGGAGAUUUCUCCGCUUCUUGCUUCUUUGGAGGAGUACAAAGAGACUUUGCCAGUUAUGGCGGCACAUGAAGCGGAAUUUGUGGACAUGCACUGGAACAACUCUGUGCGGAUGCUGUUGCAACCCUUCCUAAAUAUUCUCCCUACUCAUGAUAACCUUAUCGCGAGAUGCCUUCAUGCAUCGGGGCAGAUGUGCCAAUUGUUCAAAAAGCUUCGGCAACGAGACCCGUCGGGUUAUUCCUUUCUUCUGGUCAACGGGAUCUUCAUGGCUGGACUCACGAUGUGCUUCUGCCUUUUCCGGUCACCAACACUAUUAACUGGUAGUGUGUCUAAUAACCUACGAGCAGCAUCGUCUGCCCUGUUCGUCAUGGCAGAACGAGACUCCAGUCUCAAGAAAUAUCGAGAUGCUUUAGAGGCAUUGAUAACACGGGUGAUGGAUUUCGUCAAUGGCUCUGACAGCACAAGCUUCUUGGACAACCAAGACGGGUCAAGCAUGGGUAAUCCUCAAUCCGGAUUCGGAUAUGCCUCCCAUCGCUCUCCAGGCCAUUUUCCCCUGAAAUAUCAGAAUAACAUAUCUAGUAGCACACAUAGGAGUCAAGGACUAGGAUACGGGUUAACUGAAAACAUCGGCUAUCCUCUCCAUGACAUUCUUACGGAAGAGUUCUGGACAGGUGAUCCCUUCAUUGCGUUGAACAUGGCAGACGGACUUAAUUUUAACUUCUAA